GGUUGUGUCAAUGUGCAAGUAUUUCCAAGAAAGUGUGAGGGAGCUCUCCAUCAGCUAUUACACUACACUGCAAAGACGCAACUAUGUGACACCAACUUCAUACCUAGAGUUGAUUCUUACCUUUAAGACUCUGCUGAAUAGCAAAAGGCAAGAAGUUGACAUGAUGAGAACUCGUUAUCUUAUGGGACUUCAAAAACUUGACUUUGCAUCUUCACAAAUUGCAGAGAUGCAGAAAGAACUGACUGCCCUUCAGCCUGAACUGAUUCAAACUUCUGCAGAAACGGACAAAAUGAUGAUCAAGAUUGAAAAGGAAACAAUUGAAGUAGAUGCAAAGAAGGAACUAGUGUCAGCAGAUGAAAAGGAGGCGAAUGAAGCAGCAGCUGUUGCUAAAGCUAUUAAGGAUGAAUGUGAAGGAGACCUUGCUGAGGCCAUGCCAGCUUUGGAGGCAGCACUUGCGGCUCUUGAUACCCUGAAUCCUUCAGACAUCACUCUUGUGAAAUCCAUGCAGAAUCCACCUGCUCCUGUUAAGCUUGUCAUGGAGAGUAUCUGUGUCAUGAAGGGAACUAAACCAGAGAGAAAGCCUGAUCCAAGUGGCAGCGGUAAAAUGAUAGAAGACUACUGGGGGCCAUCUAGAAAAAUUCUUGGGGAUCUGAAAUUCCUUGAGAGCUUAAAGACUUAUGACAAGGAUAAUAUUCCUCCCGCUGUAAUGAAGAGAAUUAGAGAGAGGUUUAUUGAUAAUCCAGAUUUUCAGCCAGCUGUCAUAAAAAAUGUCUCAUCUGCCUGUGAAGGACUAUGCAAGUGGGUACGAGCCAUGGAGAUCUAUGACCGUGUUGCAAAGGUGGUUGCCCCAAAGCGUGAACGUUUGAGAACUGCAGAAGGAUUACUGGAAGUUCAAAUGGAGAAGCUGAAAGCAAAACAAGCAGAACUUAAGGAAGUAGUUGAUCGCCUCCAAGCUUUGAAUGAUGAGUUUGAGAACAUGAAUGACCGGAAGAGAGAAUUAGAAAAUAAUAUUGAACUCUGCUCACAAAAGCUUGUGAGAGCUGAACAGCUAAUUAGUGGUCUUGGUGGAGAGAAAGAUAGGUGGACAGAAGCUGCACGAUUAUUAGGAAUCCGGUACAUAGACCUUAUAGGAGAUGUGUUGUUAUCAUCAGGAACUGUGGCUUAUUUGGGAGCCUUUACUGUAGAUUACCGUCUAAAAUGUCAAAAGCAAUGGCAAGUCCUGUGCAAUGAAAAGAAAAUACCGUGCUCCAGUGAUUUUAGCUUAAGUAAUACAUUAGGGGAUCCAGUCAAAAUCCGUGCAUGGCAGAUUGCUGGGUUGCCAGUUGAUUCUUUUUCCAUUGACAAUGGCAUAAUUGUUUCUAACUCAAGAAGAUGGACUUUAAUGAUAGAUCCUCAAAGGCAAGCUAACAAGUGGAUAAAAAAUAUGGAAAAAACUAACAGGCUAUCAGUUAUUAAAUUAUCUGACACACAUUAUGUGAGGACACUAGAAAAUGCUAUUCAGCUUGGAACACCGGUCUUGCUAGAAAAUAUUGGUGAAGAACUAGAUGCUUUCAUAGAACCCAUUUUAUUAAAACUAACUUUCAAACAACAAGGAGUAGAAUACAUGAAAUUAGGGGAAAAUAUAAUUGAAUAUUCAAGAGAUUUCAGGUUUUACAUAACAACCUGCUUAAGAAAUCCUCAUUAUCUUCCUGAAGUGGCUGUGAAAGUUUGUCUGCUCAACUUCAUGAUUACACCUUUGGGUCUUCAGGACCAGCUUCUUGGAAUUGUAGCUGCAGAGGAAAAGCCUGAGCUAGAAGAAAUGAAAAAUAAAAUGAUUAUAGAAAGCGCAGCCAACAAGAAACAACUAAAGGAAAUAGAAGAUAAAAUCCUGGAGGUCCUUUCCAAUUCAGAAGGAAACAUCUUAGAAGAUGAAACAGCAAUUCAUAUUUUGUCUUCAUCCAAAGAGUUAUCUGAAGAAAUCUCUGAAAAGCAAAAAAUUGCUUCUGUAACUGAGAUGCAAAUAGAUUCUACUCGAAUGGGGUAUAAGCCAGUUGCUGUUCAUUCAGCUGUUGUCUUCUUCUGCAUCUCUGAUCUGGCAAACAUUGAACCUAUGUACCAGUAUUCACUGAUUUGGUUCAUUAACUUGUAUGUUCAGUCUAUUGCUAAAAGCAAAAAGAGUGAAAAUCUAGAAGAGAGAAUUAAAAAUAUAACUGAGCAUUUCACAAUAAGCAUCUAUAAUAAUGUCUGUCGUUCACUGUUUGAAAAGGAUAAGCUGUUAUUCUCCUUCCUUCUGACAAUAGGCAUUAUGAAGGGAAAAGACCAAAUAGAUGAUGAGGUUUGGCGUUUCCUACUGACAGGAGGUGUUGCUCUUGAUAAUCCUCACCCCAAUCCAGCUCCAGAUUGGCUAUCUGACAAAUCGUGGGCCGAGCUCGUACGUGCGUCUAGUCUGACAAACCUCCAGGGACUAAUGGAACAUGUAAGAGAGAAUUCUUCAAAGUGGAAACUAAUAUAUGACUCUGCAAGACCCCAUGAAGAAACCUUCCCAGAUCCGUGGAGUGCACUGAUGGGUUUAGAUCGCAUGGUUAUUCUCAGAUGUUUGAGACCUGACAAAAUUAUCCCAGCAGUGCAGGAGUUCAUUGUGGAAAAUAUGGAAAGAACAUUUAUUGAACCACCUACUUUUGAUCUUGAAAGAAGUUACAGUGAUUCAAAUUGUUGUGCCCCUUUGAUUUUUGUAUUAUCACCAGGUGCUGAUCCUAUGGCAGGUUUGCUAAAAUUUGCUGAUGAUGUUGGCAUGGGAGGCACAAGCAUUCAAACUAUUUCACUUGGACAGGGCCAGGGCCCAAUAGCAGCAAAAAUGAUUUAUCAGGCUAUCACUGAUGGAACCUGGGUAGUGUUACAAAACUGCCAUCUCGCAAUUAGCUGGAUGCCUGCUCUGGAAAAAAUCUGUGAGGAAGUUAUAGUGCCUGAGAAUACCAAUGAUAAGUUCAGGUUGUGGUUAACUAGUUAUCCAUCAGAAAAGUUUCCUGUUAGUAUCCUCCAGAACGGCAUCAAAAUGACAAAUGAGCCUCCAAAAGGAGUUAGAGCCAACCUUCUUCGAUCAUACCUUAACGACCCCAUCUCCGACCCUGUGUUCUUUAGCAGUUGCCAGGAGCCAGAAAUGUGGCAAAAACUGCUGUUUGGCCUUUGCUUUUUUCAUGCUAUUGUGCAGGAAAGGAGAAACUUUGGCCCACUAGGUUGGAAUAUUCCAUAUGAGUUCAACGAAUCUGACCUCAGAAUCAGUAUGCGACAGAUCCAGAUGUUUCUUAAUGAAUAUGAAGAAGUCCCAUUUGAAGCUCUGACAUAUCUAACAGGGGAAUGUAACUAUGGAGGCAGAGUAACAGAUGAUAAAGACAGGCGUCUGCUCCUGUCCCUUCUUUCCAUAGUCUAUAGCAAGGAUAUAGCACAGGAGAAGUAUAUGCUUGCAGCUGGAGAUGACUACUACAUACCACCACAUGGUCCAUAUGAGUCUUACAUUGAAUACAUACGAAGCUUACCAAUUACAACACACCCUGAAGUGUUUGGACUUCAUGAAAACGCAGACAUCACCAAGGAUAACCAGGAGACAAACCAGCUUUUCCAUGGAGUGCUCCUAACUUUGCCUAGAGAAGCAGGGGGAGGUGGCAAGUCCCCUCAGGAAACUGUUGAAGAUUUGGCACAGGACAUCCUAUCCAAAUUGCCAAGUGGCUUUGAUGUUAAAGAGGUUAUGAAGAUAUACCCAGUACUUUAUGAAGAGUCCAUGAAUACAGUUCUUAGGCAAGAACUAAUCCGAUUUAACAGGCUUACUGAAGUUGUUCGGAGCAGCCUCAUUAAUUUACACAAAGCCAUUAAAGGCCAAGUGUUGAUGUCAUCUGAACUUGAAGAUGUUUUCAACAGCAUGCUAAUGGGAAAAGUACCAUCAAUGUGGGCUGCCAAAUCCUAUCCAUCACUGAAGCCACUGGGAGGUUACGUGUCUGAUCUCCUCUGUCGUUUGGUCUUCUUCCAGGAUUGGGUCAUCAAUGGGCCGCCCACAGUCUUUUGGCUUUCAGGAUUCUUCUUCACUCAGUCUUUUCUGACCGGUGUUUUACAAAACUAUGCCAGAAAAUACACCAUCCCAAUUGACCAUAUUGGAUUUGAAUUUGAGGUGAUGAAACAGGAGCACACAAUGGAGAAAAUGCCAGAAGAUGGGGCUUAUGUGAGAGGCCUUUUUUUGGAAGGUGCACGAUGGGAUAGAGAAUCCUCGGUAAUUGGAGAAUCACUUCCAAAAAUCCUUUUUGAUUCUUUGCCCAUAAUUUGGCUGAAACCUGGAGAAAGUUCCAAAUUUCUUCAUAUGAACAUCUAUUCAUGCCCUGUAUACAAGACAAGUGCAAGAAGAGGUGUCUUAUCCACUACUGGACACUCAACCAACUAUGUUCUCUCAAUUGAACUCCCUUCAGACAAGCCCCAGAAACACUGGAUAAAUCGAGGUGUGGCAGCACUAUGCCAGUUAGACGACUGAGAGUAUGUAAAUCGAAACACUCGUAUUUUAUUAUUAAAAGAUAUACUUUACUCCC